GUGCGCUGGGCGCAAGGGGGAGGAUCCACGGGCAAAAUAUUUAAGAUGCUCAGGAGGAGAAGGGCUUCACUGAGGACAUAAGACAGAGCCUGGGUGAAACAGAUGCUAGAGGACCUGACUAGAAAACAAGCUCCUUAGAUUGUGCGAUUACACUUUUGUAUAAAGCGAUGGCAAAGGUCAGCUUGAACCUAGUGGCCCUAGGGGUUACACUGCUCCUGUUAGCCGAGACGUGGGCCCAGAGGGCCAAGAAGAGCCAGGUCGAUUCAAAGCCAGCUAAGGCAGGGCAGUGCUGCGAGGAGGUGCGCUCGCUGAAGAUCCAGGUGGCCAACCUGACCAGCCUCUUUGGGGAGCUGAGCCGCAAGCAGGAGACAGACCUGAGGAACGUCGUGAAGCAAAUAAUGGACCUGGAGAAGCGGAACAGGCAGCAAGAGGACCGGGUCACUGAAGCAGAGAGCAAGUACUCGGAGAUCAAUAACCGCGUGGAGAUCAUACAGCUGCAGAGCCUCCAGUCUGCGACUCACACUUCAUCAGAUGCAAUAUACGACUGUGCGUCGCUCUUCACUAAGAACUACAGGAUCUCUGGAGAGUAUAACUUGCCUAAAGACGAGUUUCUGGGGACACCUGAGCUGAGCGUCUUCUGUGAUAUGGAGACAAAUGGAGGCGGUUGGACUGUGAUCCAAAGGCGAAAGGUCGGCCUGACAUCAUUCAACCGUGACUGGAAGCAGUACAAAACUGGAUUCGGAUCCAUCCGCGGAGACUUCUGGCUAGGCAAUGACCACAUCUUCCGUCUAACAAGGCAGCCCAGUGUGAUCAGGAUUGAGCUGGAGGACUGGGAGGGAGAGACGCGCUAUGCGGAGUACGGCUACUUUACCGUGGGGAACGAGCUCAACAGCUACAAGCUCUUCCUGGCCAACUACAGUGGGAAUGCUGGAGACUCUCUUCGCUACCACAACAACACCAACUUCAGCACCAACAACAAGGACAACGACAAAUGUUUAGAUGACUGCGCUUCCAUCCGCAAAGGUGGCUACUGGUACAACUGCUGCACUGACUCAAACCUGAACGGCGUCUUUUACCGCUACGGUGAGCACACGAGGAACGCAGAUGGGAUCACUUGGUACGGCUGGCAUGGCUCCACCUACUCCCUCAAAAGAGUGGAGAUGAAGGUGCGGCCAGUAGGUUUCCAUCCUUAGGAGAUUCAUCUGCGUGCCCUGGAUCAUGAUCACAUGCACGAAUGCUGCGGAAUCCCACCAAUACCUUUUUCCUUUACUGCAGAAGGAUGAAAAUGUUGUUUGUGAUCGUCUGGUUAUGUUUUAGUCAGAUGAAUGUGUAAUGUUUCUGCCGUGAUUGAUUGUAAAUUGUAGUUAAAUGUGUAUUUAUCAGUAAAAUAUUUUAUUUUUAAAAGCUUUGAUAGAUGCUUUUUACCACUGUCCCACAUGGGUAACUGGAGUGUGAGUUGUUGGAAUGCUACAAACCACCAAAGAUAUUCCCAGUGAUUGAUGGAGCACAACAUGUAAAACUCCAUGUAAAAACCAUGGAAAAUGGGAACAUGUCAUUUGUAUAGUGUUUACAGCUUUGUAAUUUAGUUGUUUUGUGAGGUAAAAAAUAAAAAUGUUUUAAAAGAA